CUAUAUUGAACUCAUUUCAUUCUUUUUUUUUUAAUAAUGAUUUAUUUUUUAAUCGCAUAAAUAUUACUGAUAAGAAAUUUUAAGAUAAUUAUUAAUCCUAUGACUAAAUCUUUAACGAAUCUGUGUUACUAGUGUAAUAUUAGUUUUUAAAACCAAUGUUAAGUUAAUAUAUUUGCAUAGUGAUAUAUUACGAUUUCUGGAUUUUCUACUUACGAUCUUAUGUCGUCUCAAGAUUCCUGUUAUAUGUAUCAAUUUGCCAAAGAAUAAACAGUUUUAAGCCUGAUGGUGAUAUCAUGUGCAUCUAAUACAAAUGGUUCAAAUACUGUUCAAAAAAAAAAGGAAAUAAAAACAGACAGAUCGAAGAGCUUAAUGGAUGAAAUUGUAUGUGCCACAACAGUUACCCUACCAUCCAACAUUUGUUGUGAUGCCUUGUCUUUAAGCACAGGAUGGUGUAAUAAUGUCAUUGAUAAGGCUGAUUCCUCUGCUACAAUAGCAAGAAACAAAAUAAACGGGGUGGUAGUUGGAGGAGGAGCUGGCUCCCUCUGCCAUUCCCGGCAAUCAUCAUUUGUGUUGCAUUUGCCCACCACCCCCUUGAAUUGGUCUGUGAUAUCCAGCUCAACAUUUAGAUUUACUAGAGGUCCUCCGUCCCAUCAUCAAACACAGAAUUUGUAUGGUACGAUGGUAACUGCCAGUAAUGUUGAAAGUUCUACAUGGGGGAGAACUGGAAGACGACCUAACCUGGCUUGCUACUCUGGUGCUCACAAUAAAGAUGUUACUACUACUAUUAAUUUUAGGGUUAAGUCUAAUUGUUCAACAAGUGAUAAUGACAGUGAUGAUCAAAGCGCAAUGUACAAAACCAUUCCAUUUAAAAAACUCUAUAUUGAUGAUCCAAUUGCACAGUACAAACGAAAUUGGGGUAUUUCUACUAUCUGUCGUUUAAUUGGAGGUGGUGAAACAACACUUGCUUCUGGUAAUGGUACGGCUACAGCAGGUUGGGGAAACCCUGGAACAACACCAGUACCAGCAUCAGUUACUGGUACUUCAAACUGGAAUACAAGUCCACUUGUUGAUGGUCAGUCUCCUCCAAAUGUUUCAAGUGGUCCAUGGCAACAAACCCCACAGUCCUCUAGUACCAGCUCAAAUAAUACUAGUCAAACAUCUAAUAUAGGUAAUAAAGGGCAAAGUUCAAGUUCUGCAUCUUCAAGUGGCAAUAGUACUUUAUCAACAUCACAAACUCCGACCAGUCAACAAAACACUACUUCAUGGGCUCAAGCAGCUGGUAAAAAUUUGCCUGCCUCAUCGGGUCCACAGGUGUCAGGAAAUUCAUCAACAACUACUACUACAGCUAGUACUAAUUCUGGCAUUGCAUCUAAUCCUCAGUCUACUAAUUCACCUCCCUCAAAUGGGGGUAAUGGAGCAGUAAAUCCUUCAACUAAACAACAACUGGAACAAAUAAAUACAAUGCGAGAAGCUUUGUAUGCACAAGAUGGUUGGGGUGGUCAACACGUUAAUCAAGAUAGUCAGUGGGAAGUACCACAUAGCCCAGAACCCAAUACCAAAGAUGGACCAUUAACUGGAUUGACUGGUGGGCCAGGGUGGAGUAAAGUUAAUAAUGGUACAGAUUUAUGGGAAGCAACCUUACGAAAUGGUGGUCAACCUCCUUUACAAAUUCCUGUACAAAAUACAUCAAAAACUCCUUGGGGCCAUACUCCAGCAUCUAAUAUAGGUGGUACCUGGGGUGAAGAUGAUGAUGUAAGUAGUGUGAGUGGUGUUGAAGGCAAUACUGGUAACUGGGGUCUAAAUACUACUGGAUCAAUUGGCAAUCAAUGGGGUCAAGGACAACCACCUCAAGGGCCUGGUGGGCCAAUGUGGGGUGGUCCUCCUAAAAAAGACAUUGGACCUGAUGGUCAGUCUUGGAAUUCUGGUAAUAAUGCAUGGAAUGAUCUCAAUAGGCCACCAGGUGCUAUUGAUCAAGGACCUCAUCGACGAGAUAUAAUACCAAAUGGAAUUGUAGAUCAUAGUAGAGGAAUUGGGAGUGAUGCACGUGGAGGAAUAAGUGGUCGUUUAAAUGGAACAUUGAGUGGAGCAGGUACAGGUAUGGAGCCUAUGUGGGGUGGACCUCCUCCUCAUCAUUUACAUCAUGUCCAACCUCCUGGUCCUCCUCCUUCUGUUUUAGCAACACCAGGCUCAAAACUUGGACAAGGACCGCCUGUACCAGUAAUAAAUCAAUGGUCAGGGCCACCACCACCACCCAAAGAUUUAAAUCCUAUGAAUAACAACAACAAAGGCAGUGGAUGGGAAGAACCAUCACCCACAGAUCACAGACGAAAUUUAUUAAAUUACGAUGAUGGCACAUCUUUAUGGGGAAAUGCUCAAUCUAGACCCAAUAUACCUGGCGUAGGUUUAUUGAACAAUCAGCAUAACGUUAAUAAACAUUGGAGUAAAGCUGACAUGGCUGCUGCUGCUGUUGCAGCCGCUGGUAGAAAUAAUGCAUCAGGCAAUAUGGGAAAUCAGUGUCCUCCGGGUGUUCCUCCAAACAGAGGUGGAAUGCCUCCCAAUAAAAUGGUUGAUCAACAAUUAUGGCCAGGAAAUCCUAGGAAUGGAUCAUGGGGUGAUGUUGGUGGAGGUGGAAAUGGUGGACCUCAUGAUUUAAAUAUUGGUGGCCCUUGGGUUGAUGAUAAAAUGGGUUUAGGAGGUACUUCAGGAGGUCCAUGGCCUAAUUCUGAAUGGGGACCAGGACCCAAAUCUAAAAAUUCAUGGGGAGACUGUGCUAACAAUGAUAUGGAUCCAUCUUCAUGGGGACAAAAAAAUGUUGGUCAAAAAAAUCAAAAUAAAGAUUACAUAUGGCAAAGUAAACCAUAUAGAAUUCUUACUGAAAUGGGUGUCAAGAAAGAAGAUGUUGAAGCAGUUUCUCGCUCAUACAAUAUUGGUAUUGAAGAAGCACUAGAAUUUUUAAUGUCAACUAGAGGACCUGGUAAUGGAAAUUUAGAUACAUGGAAUUCUCAUGGUGGACGAGGUCAACAUCCUGAUGAUCAAAAUCCAUUUGAUCGUUCUAAUAUAAAUCAACAAAGAUACAACUCUCAACAAUUGCCUUUUGCAGUGCCUUCUAUGGCAAAUAAUUCAAACCAACAGCAAGCUAUAUUACAAAAAUUACUAGCUCAACAACCACCAUCUCAACAAAAUUCUAUGCAACAGCAAUUUUCUCAAAGUGGUUCACGACAGAUGCCCAAUCAACCAACUGCUCAACAGUUGAGAAUGCUUGUACAACAAAUUCAGAUGGCUGUUCAAGCUGGUUAUCUCAAUCAUCAAAUACUUAAUCAACCAUUAGCACCACAAACAUUAAUAAUGCUUAAUCAACUCUUACAGCAAAUUAAAAUAUUACAACAAAAUGCUCAGAUACAAGCAGCAAUUGGUAAUGCUCCAAAAUCUGGUCCUGCUAUGGUAACUGCUGCUAUAGCUAUGACUAAAGCUCGUCAACAAAUUGCAACUUUACAGAACCAAAUUGCUAACAAUCAAGCUAUACAUAUGAAAGCGCAAGCUCAUCAGAACCAAUCUAAUUUUACUGGUCUGUCGGGAUUGAUGAAUAAUCAAGGAGGAGAAUUUUUCAAAAAUGAUCCAUUAACACUUUUACAAUCUGGAUUUUCUGAUAUAUCAUUAAACAAAGAUUCUCAAAUUAGUGGUCAAGGAUUUCAAACUAGUCAACAAUCGCGUUUAAACCAAUGGAAGAUGCCGAAUUUAGACAAAGAUGAUCUUGGAAUGGGUAGUGAUUUUAGUCGGGCUCCUGGAGCUAACUCCAAAUCUACACCUGGAAAUGGCUCGCCAACAUUCAAUUCUAUACUUAAUCAACCAGAUGGAACUUGGACCAAUGUGGGAGCGCGUUCUGAAAGUGGUUGGCCAGAUAAUCCUGAUGACAAUAAAGAAGGUUGGCCUAACGGGGCAAAUCCUCAAUCAAAUUCAUCAUCUGCUUUUACUGAUUUAGUACCAGAGUUUGAACCAGGAAAACCUUGGAAGGGUAAUCAGAUGAAAAAUAUUGAAGAUGAUCCAACAAUCACACCUGGAUCAGUUGUACGGAGUCCUCUAUCUUUAGCUGCCACUAUAAAAGAUUCAAAUAAUUCAGAUAUAUUUAAUAGUGGUGGUAAGACUUCUCCAACCAGUUCACAGUCUGCUGUUGAUAUGCCACUAACUCCACUUUCACUUUCAUCUUCUACUUGGAGUUUUAAUCCUACCUCAUCAACACAAUCUUCUUUCUCUAGUCCUUUGGGCAAAGUAAAUAAUUCAAAAAAUAAUUGGGCUGAUGGAAAUACUGGAAAUGAUCUUUGGGGAAAUGUUCUUGGAUCUAGUGGUAAGUCACGAGGUCCGCCACCUGGUCUUUCUGGUGGAAUUAAUAAGACUAGUAAUCCUCCUAAUAAUGGUUGGCCCAGGUGGCCUUCAAAUAAUGGAUCAUCAUGGCAAUCUUCAUCAAACAAUAUAGCAAGUACAUGGUUAUUAUUGAAAAAUUUAACUCCUCAGAUUGAUGGAUCAACCUUAAAAACACUAUGUAUUCAACAUGGCCCAUUAUUAAAUUUCCAUAUGUAUCUCAGCCAUGGAAUAGCUUUGGCUAAAUAUUCAUCCAGAGAGGAAGCUAGCAAGGCCCAAGGAGCUUUGAACAAUUGUGUGCUUGGAAAUACAACCAUAUUCGCCGAAUCCCCCACAGAUGCUGAAGUGCAAAUGGUACUUGCUCAUUUAAGUGGUGGUAGUGCUGGUAAUACUGGUGGUAAUAAUUCUGUACAACAGCAACAACAGCAAUCUAACUGGAAUAAUAAUCGUAAUGGUAAUAAUGGCAAUUCUCAAGGUCAACAGGGUUCAGAUACUUGGGCAAACAGUCAAUUAUGGGGUGGCAAUAAUUCUGGACCACCUGGUACUUCAUCAUCAUUAUGGGGAGCUGGCGGAGAUCAAAUUGAUCCUCAUCGUACCACACCAUCUUCUAUAAAUUCGUUUUUGCCUGGUGACCUAUUAGGCAGUGAAACAAUGUAAAAGAAAUCUGACUAAAUCUAUAUAUAGAUAUAUAUAUAUAUAUUUAUAUAAUCUUAACAGAGUCCAAAUAUAAUAAUGACAUUUUUAUUAUAAGGUCUUAGAACACCAUGAACACUUAAUCGACUUAUUUAUUAAGCUUCAACAAAUCGAGCCAAGUUUAUAUUUUAGAUAUUAUAUAAUUUUAUUUUGUUUGCCAUUCGACUCUGGGUAAUCGUUUUGGCAGCGCACCUAUAACUUUUUUAAGACUUAAAUGUUUUUAUUUUAUUAAUUUAUAAUGUGAGUUCUUCUUUUAUUUUUAAUUGUAUACUACCAAAGUAAAUAAGGA